AUCCACCUCUACACACCCCGCAACCUUCACCCACUCGUUCCUUGCGCUGCGGCAUGGGGAUGUUUAUGCCCUCUUACCUCACUCUGUCAGACUUUUCGUCACCCUGUUGCAAAGGUCGGAGCACAAGAAACGCAGCGAACCAGCAAGAGCGAUGUUUCAAUCGUUCACGGGUAACGCCCGCCGGCCACGGCAGGUGAAUCUCGGUGGCCGGAAUACGAAUCCUUUCGCUGCAUACCCCCCAGGAACAACCGGACGAUCGAAUCCUCACGGCGCAGGCCCGCAAAACACCCUAGCGAUUGCCCAACAAGAACGGAUACACAGACAACAGGAGAGGGACCGGUUAGGGGCAACCCGGACAUUACAACGGGCCUGGCGGGGCCACCAGAGCAGAAAGACAACGCACAAGAAAUGGCGGAGGGAGUGGGAUGCCCUGGAACAGCAACGGGCGGAGGGUCUUCCUCCCUUCGAGGACCUGGCCCGUCGCUCGGACGCAUCCUUGCAGCCUCCUGCUCGGUACGGGACGGCUGCAGAAUGCCUGUCGCAGCUGCGACUGUUGGUCCACUUCAUGGAGCCGCGGAACAGCGGUGAUAUGGUCCGUCUGGUGUAUUUUUCCAGCGCUUUCCAGAAAACGUUGAACGAGGUGCCUACAAUUGCGACGGAGGGCGACUGGACCACUCCUCUGAACCGUUUGGCGACAUUCACCCUGCGGGUCUUACACACGGCGUUGUCGCCCACGGUCCCUCCCUUUGUCGUGGGUGAGCUGUUGAGACUGCUGUUGUUUAUGACCGGGUUGAUGCCGAAGCAGAUGGCACGGCUUUCUAAGGAGUAUUACGCCGUCAUGGUUCUUCUUACUAAGAACAUAGAGGAUGUGUCCCCCAGAUAUUGUCUCUCUCGGGACGACCUCGUCCAGAGUGUUUUGGCUUUGCUGAAGCCGAUCACUUCUGAGACGCUUACUGCCUAUGAAUGGUUCGCCAGGAGUUACCUGACAGUCCCGGACCUUACAUCAUACUUGGGAACUCUGGAUGGGCUGGCAAAUAAUAUCAAUUAUAAAUUGCUCACUUCCGCCUUGGAACCUCUAGUUUCCCAGAACCGUGGCCAGAGUCGGAAUGUGGAAGACCUGGACGCCCGGCUUUGGCUCCUAGCUUAUUUCAUCUUUUUCCACCAGUACGCCUUAGGACACCAGGCGGUGAACCAGGCACCGGAGCCGGCGUUCGUGAAGGUUGUAUCAGAAUUACUGAACUCCACAGCUGUGUACAUAUCACGGCGUCUGGAGCUGGAGGAAACGGGCGAGGUCGACGAGUCAACAACGGAGACACCGCCUCUCCAUCCGUUCAUCAAAGAGCAGCUGUUCAGCUUAGUGAACCAAAAUCGCAUCACAGGACUCCUUUCACAGCUUCAGUCUACUCAUCUGUUCCAGGGGGAUCUCGCAGAUACCGGGUCUGAUGCAUAUAGAGAGGCCAAAGUUCUUGCCACGUACGCAUUGACCCUUCUGCGUGUGUUCCCUCGACGGGGCGAUGAUAUACGGAUGUGGUUAUACCUAGGAUCCGCCAACUCUGGGUAUGCCGAGGUCGGUCAGCCUGGCCCCAGGAUACCGGCGAUCAAAUACUUCUGGAAUGCAUCUCGGUCGGGUAGAAUAUUCGCAACCAUUAGCCAGGACUCGAACAAGGUCUUAGCAUUGUUGAAACCAAUGGACGAGACGAAAGACGCACGGUGGUCGACGAUGUCCCAAACCGAGAGGGAUGAGGAAUGGAUGAUCAUUCUGUUGUUCCUGGAACUUUACACCUUCGUUCUGAAAGUAAUGGACGAUGAGGAGUUUUUCUCGAAUGAAUCUUCCUUCACAGCCUCGUCGAACACCCGUGUCUCGUGGACCAAAGAAAGUGCGUUACCCUUGAAAGAUAUCAAGGACCUGACGGUGUUCUUGAAGAAUCUGGCAUUUACCCUGUACUGGAACUCGGCGGACCUGAACGAAAAGGAGCCCAUUCAGGGAACCGCAAGCAACAUUCGCAGCUACUUCGGCUCCUUCGCCGCGCCGUCGGAUUCGAUUACCAGUGUGAAGGAUCUUGAGCUGAAGAAUAAGGAGAAAGGACUCCCUGGUGUGACAGGGAUUCCCCUCGACUACUUCAAGGGUCUAGUGACGGGCCUCCUGAGGAUGGUACAUGAGCGCGAUUCAAGACGCAAGUUUAUGCCAGAUGGUCACUGGCUGAUGACGAACCGCUUCGACAUGGAAGGCUUCAUUCCUGCCGUUGUGGCGGAGGAAGAGAACCGGCACCAGCUCCAGGAUGAGGACGAGGAGGAAGACCCGGACGACCUGAUGGACGAUUCAUUAUAUGAAUCUUCACUGGGACUGGUGGGGACCGGUCGUGCCCAACAGACUCGCCGAAUUGAGGCCCUCCGGCGACGGCAGCAACAAGCGGCUCGCCGGAAGCAACUUCAGGCCGUCGCGCCCCGCCUGGAGAUCCUGAGGAACAUGCCGUUCUUUAUCCCCUUCCAUACUCGCGUGCAGAUCUUUCGCGAAUUUAUCAUCCGGGACCAGCUGCGUCGACGACGAGGCGUCAUCGACCCGGACCUCUGGCGCAUGUCGGUGGCCCAGGCUUCCAUGGGGCGAACGAUCGACGGACACCCGCCCUCGGUGAACAUCCUCAAUCGACACCACGCCGAUAUCCAGCGCGAGAAGGUGUUUGAAGAUGCCUUUGAGCAGUUUUACGAGCUGGGCGAGGGGCUCAAAGAGCCAAUUCAGAUCACCUUUAUUGACAAGUUCGACACGCCCGAGGCUGGGAUCGACGGUGGGGGUGUGACGAAGGAGUUCCUCACGAGUGUUACCAGCGAGGCGUUCAAGUCGACCAGCGAGCUUAAUCUGUUCGAAGAGAACGACCAGCACCUGCUCUAUCCGAAUCCCGCGGCCGUCGAACAGCGCCGGGAAGCCCUACGGCAGUUGCGGAUCCCGGAGAAUAGCCCCGAGUGGAACGAUCACGUCCGCGAUUUGCUCCGGCGGUAUGAGUUCUUGGGACGGAUUAUCGGGAAGUGUCUGUACGAGGGGAUUCUGGUGGACGUCAACUUUGCCCCGUUCUUCUUGCUCAAGUGGGCCCUCACGGGUGGCAUGGGUUCGGCCCAGCGGGAGACAGCGUAUCGUGCGAACCUGAACGAUCUGAAGGAUCUUGACCAGGCACUUUAUCAGGGUCUGCUGCAACUCAAGAACUACACUGGAGAUGUGGAGGACUUUGCCCUGAACUUCACCGUGACCGAUACAAUCCCCCUGCCGGACUCGACCAGUCGGACCACCACGCGCGACCUGAAACCCCACGGCUCCGACAUCGCAGUGACGAACCAGAACCGACUAGUGUACAUUUCGUACAUUGCGCGCUACCGUCUCCAGGUGCAGCCUGCGCUGCAAACGCACGCCUUCCUGCAAGGGCUAGGCCAGAUUAUCCAACCGUCAUGGCUGUCCAUGUUCAACCAGGCAGAGCUCCAGACUCUCGUCAGCGGAGAAUCCGGCGACAUCGACGUCUCAGAUCUGCGACGGAACACGCUCUACGGGGGGGUCUACACCAUCGGGGACGACGGACAGGAACACCCGACGGUCCAGCUCUUCUGGGAAGUGAUGGAGAAGAUGAGCAACGAGGAGCGACGCAACGUCCUGCGGUUCGUGACGUCGACCCCGCGCGCGCCCUUGCUCGGGUUCAGCCAUCUCAACCCGCUCUUCAGCAUCCGCGACUCGAGCGAGGAUCAGGAUAGGCUACCGAGCACGAGCACGUGCGUGAACCUACUAAAGCUGCCGCGCUACACGAACGCCGAUACUUUACGGGAGAAACUCCUCUACGCGGUCAACUCGGGCGCCGGGUUUGAUCUGAGCUAGAAUACCAUGGAUAAUUCAUGAGUCAGGAUGAUGAACGAUGCACAUAGACCGCCGACCACGCAUGAUGUGAAUGAAUGGCGGGUUGCAUAGCUGAGGCGUUUUUUUGGCGGAUGGCUAUUCCACUGACGUUACGAUUCGAUUUGCUUCUAUUUCCAUUUCCCAUUGACUUGUUUCUUCUUGUUCUCUUUCUUACCCCUGUUCUUUGAGGGUUCAGUUCAUUGACGGUUGUUGUGUCAUGUACGCAGAGGCCCACCCGUUGCAUUCCUGAAAUUGACGAUUGUCUUCUUUGUCGGCAUAACAUGGGAGAGGCUAUGUAAAUAUGGUCUUAAAGCCAGUGAGAUGAAAAUAGCAUUCAUUGACAUGAG